CUAGUAAAUUACCAUUGUCAAUAUAUAAAGUCUUCGCCCGCCGAACCUCUUUAUUUUAUUCUAAACUCCUAAUUCAUCGUCAAUUUCUACCCUCAAAAGCCUCGAAACGUCGCGGUUUGCCCAUUAUGUCCUCUAAACUUGCCCCACCGAAUCCUGAUGAGGUGAUGGUAAUCCGCAACAUCACCCCGAAUGUAGCUACCUUUUCGGUGCCGUUUGCGCGCUUCGGGAAGCUUAAAGUUGGUGGUCGUGGUACUCUAGUGAAAUUGACCUCUGGAAAUCUGGCCGUCUUCUCACCCGUUGCUUUAACCCAAUCAACAAGGGAAAAAAUUUCGGAAAUGGGAGGUGAUGUUCAAUACAUCGUGGCCCUCGAUAUUGAGCAUCACCUCUUUAUCAGUGAAUGGGCGCAAGCUUUCCCUAAUGCCAAAAUCAUUGGGCCAGAGGGCUUGCAAGAGAAGCGAGACCAACAAGUCGACGAGAGAGUCGGAAAGGAACGUUUAUCAGUGAUAUUCACCAAGGAUAAUAAGGGUUCAAUGAAAAUAGACGAUCAGUUUGAUACUGACUUCGACUAUGAAUACGUUGAUGGCCAUGGAAAUUUGGAGCUUGUCUUCUGCUACAAGCCAGACUCGGUCUUGAUUGAAGCAGACCUACUCUUCAAUUUACCAGCCAUUGAACAGUACAGCCGGGUACCUGAGAGCGAGCGGCCAAGUCCCAGCUUUAUGGAUAAACUAUUCACUGGUAUUCAGAGCACAGAAGGAGACGUCAAGUGGAUGCAACGAUUUAACUGGUAUCUACUUGCCAAAGAUCGACCAAGCUAUAACAAGAGCAUCAAGGUCAUCAGCUUCUGGGAUUUCACAACCAUCAUUCCCUGCCACGGUGAGACUAUAGAAGGCAACGGCAAAGAAAUAUUCCACAAGGUUUUUGACCGCCAUAUUAAGUCAGUCAAAUAAAUUACCAACUUUAGAAUUUUCAUUAAAAAAAUAGAAUAAAAUGCGAACCUCCACAAUUGCCAACUUCUGCUAGUGUGAC